AAAUCUUGAGAAUUAAAUAAUGUGCGAACCAAAGAACUUCUACGUUUGGCUGCUUGAAUUUAUAGGCCUCUUGGGUCUUCUUGCUUUCAUCCUAUGGCUGGCCCUAAGACCCAAACCUCCCUCCUACUCCAUCGACUUCGUCUCCAUUCCACAGUCCUCUGAUCAGAAUGGCACCAUCAUUUACAACCUCGAGAUUGAAAACCCAAACAAGGAGUCUAGCAUUUCCUAUGAUGACAUAACUGUGAGUUUCCUGUAUGGGCAGGAUCAGGUGGCACAAUCAACCAUAGGUUCUUUUCGUCAACGAGCUGGUAAGAGCAAUAGUAUGUUUCAGAGUACUAAUGCCAACGGUCGAGCUCUGAAGCCUCUGGUCAAUGCGAUUUCGAACGCCACAGCUGAGUUGAAGGCUGCUCUGAAGACCAGGUUUCGAUAUAAGACAUGGGGAAUUAAGAGCAAGUUUCAUGGGGUGAACCUCCAAGGUACUCUGCCCAUUGGUCCUGGUGGGAAGCUUUCGGGUAAGAAGAAAAAGUAUCCCAUCAAGAGUCCCUCCAAGAAAACCACAAGGUUCAAAAUAAAGCAUUGAUCACUAGUCCCAUCUGUGUCUCUCUGUGUCUGUGUGUAGAUUUUUCAUUCCUUCCUAAUAGCGCAUGCACCAAUCCAUAGUGUGUGUGCACACCCUCUUGGUCAUAGUAUUUGUGAAUUUUUUUUCCGGGUCUGAACUGUAUCUGUGGAUUGAAAACACAAACUUUGUAAUAUAUUGUGAUUAGAAUUCUUCUAAGGUUA